AUGACUGAUGAACGAGACCUCGCCCCUGAGGAUGUCGCGCCUGAAGCCGAUGCUCCCUCCCCUAGCGAUCCCACGGCUCCUCUGUUUCCCCGACAGACCUCCAACCCCGUUGUCCUUCCCUCCCGCGAAUCUUCGGGAACCGGGUUAUCUGCCUCAUCUACACACCUAGGUCAGGUCAAUGCUGCGCGCCGGGGUGUUGGGACUUCGCCACACCCCAAGCCAUCGAUGAGUUCACAAGGGACCGGUGUAUUAAAUCAAGACAUUCUGGAAAAAAUGAAGGCAUUCUCGUUAUCCCGCCAAGGUGCUCCGCAGCCCAAUCCUCAAAAUUGGUCAUCUUCCCCUUUCCCCUCCCCCACUGUCCCUGGCGCUAAGUCGCCUCCGUCCGGAGCGAAACCGAAGCGCAUAAAUCCGGGCCUCAAGCUAUCGGAUAUCACUGGUCCUCCCACUCCUGCAGCAGGUACAGAUCAAAAGCAGGGCGAACCAAAUGGGGAGUCUGCCUUCAGCAAAUACUCCGAGUUCAUUGACACGAAAGAGGGCACUCUGAACUUCAAAAACAAAGCUCUGCUACACGGAGGUGGUGUGGAAUUCUCGUCGGGCCACAGCUUCAAGAUCUCUUUGGAUGAAGUUGAUCGCUUGGAAGAGUUGGGCAAGGGUAAUUACGGAACGGUCUAUAAGGUUCGACACUCUCGCCCGCAUCUGCGAAAGCCUGGUCUAGGGUUGGGUGGCAUUGUCAGUCGUCCUUCAGGCCACGAUGAACCGAGUCCAGAUUCUGGAUCGAAUGAACUCUCAGGCGUGGUCAUGGCCAUGAAGGAAAUUCGCUUGGAAUUGGACGAAGCCAAGUUUGCACAAAUCAUUAUGGAGUUGGACAUUCUGCACCGCUGUAUAUCUCCAUUCAUCAUUGAUUUCUAUGGAGCCUUUUUCCAGGAAGGCGCCGUCUAUAUGUGUGUCGAGUUCAUGGAUGGCGGCUCGAUCGACAAGCUCUACGAAGGCGGUCUUCCUGAGAACAUUCUACGGAAGGUGGCUCUAUCCACCAUCAUGGGAUUGAAAUCACUGAAGGAGGACCACAAUAUUAUCCACCGCGAUGUGAAGCCAACCAAUGUCCUUGUCAACAGCAAGGGUCAAGUCAAGAUCUGCGACUUUGGUGUCAGCGGAAAUCUGGUCUCUAGUAUUGCGAAAACCAAUAUUGGUUGCCAGAGUUAUAUGGCACCGGAACGGAUCGCAGGAGGCGGAAUGCAACAGUCGGGAGCGCCGAGUGCCGGUACAUACAGCGUGCAGAGCGAUGUUUGGAGUUUAGGCUUGUCCAUCAUCGAAUGCGCUAUGGGCCGAUACCCAUACCCACCGGAAACAUUCAACAACAUUUUCAGCCAGUUACACGCUAUCGUCCAUGGAGAUCCUCCAACACUACCCGAGGGAUUCUCUGAACCAGCACACGCGUUCGUCCGGGCCUGUCUCGAUAAGAACCCGAAAAACCGACCAACUUACAACAUGCUACUCCGACACCCUUGGCUUUCCCCUCUCAUGCAGCCACCAACCGAGUCAGGUGGUGACAGCGCCCCACCACCUCAGGAGCCCGGCUCCGGCGAUGCCGCUUCAUCCGCCAUGACCGCGGAUGAAGAAGUGGCCGAGUGGGUGAAAAAGCAAAUGAAACUUAAAGAAGAUGGCCUGCUACAUAUUUCCGAGAAGCCAGCACUUCAUGCCGUCGCGCUGGAUCAGGUCGGCACAGGCUCUUCCGGGGGUGAUCCUCACGCUCCGUCACAAAAUGACUGA